UCCAAACAUUUCAUAAUAAUCAGUCGAAAUUUGUAAGAUUUUCAUUUUAUUUAACUAAUUACCCAGUGAUAUACAAUAGUUUUGGGAAUAUCCUUUCAACUAGUCAUUUAACUUAAUUAAGAUCUUCAAGUUUGGACGAAAAACGCUUUCGUAACUUUUCAUCGAGCACUUUUCAGUCUGCAUAUUUUGUGAAAACAUUACUUUGUCUCGAAAAUUACUUCAAUCACAAGAUUAAUCAAGAAUAAUGACACAACAGGAAGCACAUUCAACGCCAGAAUUGGAAUGGAUUCAAAUGAAGAAGGAUUUCGACACAGAAAGAGCAAAUGAAGAGACUGCAAAGGAGAAGUUCAUCAGAAAAUUUAAAGCAAAUCCAUUAGUUCCAAUCGGCUGCUUGGCAACUGCAGGUGCAUUAUCGUUUGGAUUGUAUAGUUUUAAACAAGGCGAGAGGAAAAUGUCGCAAAUGAUGAUGAGAGUUCGAAUAUUGGCACAAGGAUUGACUGUUGGUGCUUUAAUUGUCGGUGUCGCAGCAACUUUUGGUACUGAUCAACUCAAAAAGGAUAGUUCUAAGUAGGACACAAAUUAUCAUUUUUUCAAGUGAGCUUCAUCAUUGUGUAAAUUAACAAAGAAAAUUUGGAAAUCAAACAAUUUGUAUAUUUAAUGUUAUUAAUCAAAAUAUGUAGUUUUUUGCAUUAGCGCGUACUAAAAGUUUUAUUUCAUAAAGUUUAAUUAGAAUGUGAACAUUUAAUACUUUUUGUUAUUUAAUAAUAAUUCUAGAAUCCAGCAACUCCACUAUGAUCU